AUGGCCAGUGUCCAGACACAGGUGGCCCCUACCCCGACCAUCCGGAUGGCGACCACAGAGGACCUGCCCCUGCCGCCACCCCCAGCGCUGGAGGACCUGCCCCCGCCGCCGCCCAAGGAGUCCUUCUCCAAGUUCCACCAGCAGCGCCAGGCCAGCGAGCUGCGACGCCUGUACAGACACAUCCACCCAGAGCUGCGCAGGAACCUGGCCGAGGCCGUGGAGGAGGACCUGGCCGAGGUCCUGGGCUCGGAGGAGCCCACGGAGGGCGACGUUCAGUGCAUGCGCUGGAUCUUCGAGAACUGGCGGCUGGACGCCAUCGGGGACCACGACAAGCAGGCCGCCCGGGAGCCCGUGGCGGGCGGCGACGUCCAGGCCACCUCGCGCAAGUUCCAGGAGGGGUCCCUGGCCAACAGCGUGGGCCAGGAGCCUGCGGGUCCCCGGGCCACCGGGGGCGACGUGCGUGCGGCCCGCAGGCUGUUCGAGACCAAGCCUCUGGACCAGCUGAGCGGCCAGGACGCACCCGAGGCCCCAGGCCGGGAGCCCGCGGCCAGCGGGGACGUCCAGGGCACCAGGCUGCUCUUCGAGACGCGGCCGCUGGACCGCCUGGGCUCCCGGCCCUCGCUCCAGGCCCAGAGCCCGCUGGAGCUGCGCUCCGAGAUCCAGGAACUGAAGGGCGACGUGAAGAAGACGGUGAAGCUGUUCCAGACGCAGCCGCUGUGCGCCAUCCAGGACGCGGAUGGCGCCAUCCACGAGGUCAAGGCCGCCUGCCGCGAGGAGAUCCACAGCCACGCGGUGCGCUGCGCACGCUGGCUCUUCGAGACGCAGCCCCUGGACGCCAUCAACCGCGACCCCAGCCAGGUGCGCGUUAUCCGGGGCAUCUCCCUGGAGGAGGAGGCCCGGCCUGACGUCAGCGCCACGCGCUGGAUCUUCGAGACGCAGCCCCUGGACGCCAUCCGCGAGAUCAUCGUGGACGAGAAGGACUUCCAGCCGUCGCCAGACCUCAUCCCGCCCGGCCCGGAUGUCCAGCAGCAGCGGCAUCUGUUUGAAACCCGCGCUUUGGACACCCUGAGAGGGGAGGAGGAGGAAGGGGCUGGCGUGCAGGCGCCACCCAAGGAGGAAGUGGUCCCUGGGGACGUCCGCUCCACCCUGUGGCUCUUUGAGACUCAGCCCCUGGACGCUCUGAAGGACAGCGUGCAAGUGGGUCACCUGCAGCGAGUGGGCUCCCGAGAGGGUGAGGCGCUGACGUGUGAGACGGGGUCCAGUGGUGGCCCCUCCGCACUGCCCCUCUCUCCGAGUGCCCCGGAGAGGGACAGCGUCAAAGGGGAUGUGAAGACCUUCAAGAAUCUUUUUGAGACCCUCCCCUUGGACAGCAUCCGGCAGGAUGAGCCUCUGACCCCUGGGAGCGCAAGCACAGCAGAAGGGACAGUGGCUUCCGGGCAGCCCCAGGGCCCAGGGUGCCCAGUAUAUGCCAUGCAAGACAGCAAGGGCCAGCUCCACGCCCUGACCUCUGUCAGCAGAGAGCAGGUGGUGGGGGGCGACGUGAAGGGCUAUCGGUGGAUGUUUGAGACGCAGCCCCUAGACCAGCUGGGCCGACACCCCGAUACUGUGGACGUGGUACGGGGCAUCACCCGCCAGGAAGUGAUGGCCGGGGACGUGGGCACCACCCGCUGGCUCUUUGAGACGCAGCCCCUGGAGGUGAUCCACCAACGAGAGAAGGAAGAAGACAGCCAAGGUCAGAAAGGAGCCCAGCCCGAGGCCUUCCCAAAGGGUGAUGUGCAGACCAUCCGCUGGCUGUUCGAGACAUGCCCCAUGAGCGAGCUGGCAGACAGGCAGAAUUCAGAGGACACGGGUCCCACAGACGAGCCUGGGGUCCGGUCCUGCACCUGGAUGUUCGAGGCCCAGCCCCUGGAGAGGCCACACGGCUCCCAGGAACAGCACCUGCGGGCCGGCCAGGUCCCGACAGGGCAACGACAGACCGAUGGACACGUCUUCGAGACUGAGCCUCUGCAGGCCACCGGCCGUCCCUGGAAGCGACGUGCCAUGAGGUAUCUCAGCCGAGUGGAUAUCCCCUCAGGACAGGUGUCUCGUCAAAAGGAGGUUUUCCAGGCGCUGGAGGCCGGCAAGAAGGAAGACCAAGUGUCCAGGGUCACCCCUGAGUCCAUCCCGGAGGGUGCUGUACACAAAUUCACAUGGCUCUUUGAGAACUGCCCCAUGGGCUCCCUGGCGGCGGAGAGCGUCCGAGGGGACAACCUUGAGGAAGAGGAGUCUGUGGACACCUCAGACAACGGGCACCUAGAGAAGCAGGAGACUGAGGCCGAGGGGACCCUGCGGACGCUGCAUGCCACCCAGGGCAUCCUGCACCACGGGGGUGUCCUCAUGGAGGCCCGCGGGCCCGGGGAGCUCUGUCUGGCCAAGUAUGUGCUUCGGGGGCCUGGGCGUCCCCAAGUGCGCAAGGAGGAGCUGGUGUCCGGCGAGCUGCCCCGGAUCGUGCGCCAAGUGCUGCGCCGGCCGGACGUGGACCCACAGGCGCUGCUGGUGCAUGAGGACCCGGCCGGCCAGCUCCAGCUCACCCCGCUGCAGCUGCCUGCUCCGGGCAGUGGUACCAUCGAUGACCUGGAUCCAGCCCUCCGCCAGGUGCUGGCGUGCGCGCUGGGGACCUCGGUGAUGCGGACCGGGCUAGUGAUGCAGGAGACCGAGCAGGGCCUGGUAGCACUGACCGCCUACUCCCUGCAGCCCCGGCCAGCGGGCAGGGGCCCAGAGAGGAGCAGCGUGCACCAGCUGGCCAGCUGCAUAGACAAAGGGGACCUGAGCGGCCUGCACAGCCUUCGGUGGGAGCCACCGGCCGAGCCCAGCCCGGUGCCGAGCAGCGAGGGGACUCAACAGCUGCCCCUGACGGAGAGCGUCAUCCACGUGACCCCCCUGGAGCCAAGCCUGGGGAUGGGGCAUCUGCAUUGCCCCCCACGAUCUGCAGGAAAGGCAGCCCCAGCCGGCUCACAGGGAACCUUAAAGCAGGAAGACAAUCACACUGAGCAGAAAGGGGGGGCAACCUUGGGAAAGUCUCGAGGGGUGGGGGUGACACCGCAGAGCCCCGGAGCCCCAGACCUCCAGGCUGCGAUGCAGGACCUGCGGAAGGCCACCGCCGAGGCCCAGAGCCUACAGCAGCAAGUCCAGAACAAAUACAAGUACAGCCCAGGCCCUGUGGUCACCUGCACCUCCACCCAGAACGGCCUCCUGCCAGCACCAGCCGUGACCCCUGGGGCUGCCCACAGCAACGCUAGGCAUGUGGCCAGAGCUGACCUCAGGAUGCCAGCCACCCCUGGAAAGGUCAGUGGAGAACUGAACACAAUUCCCAGGGGACCGCCCGGGGGGCGGGCGACCGUGCAGGACGGAGUCUACACUGCUCACCCAGUGAGGACCUUUGACUCAGCCAAGGGUGCCCAUCCUUUUGAGAGGGAACCCCAGCCAAGGGGCCAGGGGGCUUCCCUCACAGCUCAGGCCCCCAGCCCAGUCCUGGGAGGUCUGGGCCAGAGUCUCAGGCCAGAUAAGGCAGAGCCUGGGGACCACUCCCAGGGCACCUGGGGACCUCUGAGGAAGCCACUGGCAGAGGUCGGCCAGGGAACCCUCCAAGCUGCAGAGACCACCCCGAAGGCGGCCCCCUUAGCCCACCACACUCCACCCUCUGGGCCUAGGGAUGCAGGUGCCUGCCUGCACUCCCAUAAUGCCUCUGUUCCUCCUCCUCCUCCCCCAGCUGCUGUGACCAGACCAGACUUCCCAGCCCAAACCUGCCACCAAGAAGACGCCAUCCCACAGGUUGCCCAAUCCCUUCCGGAGACCCGUCUCCACCCCCACAGCAGUCCUGCUGGCCAGAGAGCCCCCGAGGGGACGCAGACCAAGGCGGUUAAAUCGGAGCCCACCACACCCCCAAGGAAGAAACCCCAGCUGCCCCCUAAACCUGCCCACCUGUCUCUGAUCCCUCCUCGCCGGAAGUUGCCCAAGUCCCCAGCUCAGGCUCCUGGAUCCUCCUUGGAGGUGGGACCAGGUGCACAUAACCAAGGUGAGAGAGAGACAGACAUGCUCCAGACAGUGGUGGUCCCCACUGCUGCAGGCCAGCCUGGCCCCCAGGAUGGCCUCAGGUCAAUGGGCCCCAGGCCCACCCAGGGCAGCCAUGACCAGCUGCCCAGAUCUCCCAGUGAUCACCCCACCUCACCACAGCAAGGCCCUAGCCUCCCAGGACAACAGCCCAUGGUAGAGUCCCAACCAGUGGUAUCUGACAGCUCCCAGGCUCUGCAGGGAAGCCGCCAGGAACUCCAGGGCCUCCUGAGUCAAGUGCAGGUCCUGGAGAAGGAGGCCGUGGGCAGCGUGGACGUGCGCGCACUGCAGACUCUCUUCGAGGCUGUGCCCCAGCUGGGAGAGGCCGCCCCUCCAGAGUCCGCGGCCGCCCACAAGCCUGAGGCUUCGGUGGAGCAGGCCUUUGGGGAGCUGACACGCGUCAGCACGGAGGUUGCCCGGCUGAAGGAGCAGACCCUGGCCAGGCUGCUGGACAUCGAGGACGCUGUGCGCAAGGCCCUGAGCUCCAUGUCAAACCUUCAGCCUGAGGCUAAGAAUGCCACCAGCCAUUCCCAGGGAGCCCCAGAGGAUCCCAGUGCCCACAAGGUCAGCAUUAUGGCCAGCAGCAGAGCCACGCCCAACAGGCCAGUUCAGGAGGCCAGGGGUCAGAAGGCGGUGGAGAGCCAAACUGAGGUCCAGCAUCAAGCCGAGGUCAGAAGCCACUCGGAGAUCACAGGUCAAGCAGCCUCCACAGGCCCUGCCACCGGGCAGCUGGAGACACUGAGAGGAGAGGCAGGCCUCCCUCGGGUCGUACCUUCUCGCACAGAGUCCCCCUCCUCCCCAACCUUCAUCUCCAUUCAGUCAGCCACCAGGAAGUCCCCAGGAAUGCCCAGCCCCAAGGACAGCCCUGGCGUCCCAGUGAAGAGCACACACCUGGCCCUGGACGCAGGCCAGGCCCUGCUCCGCCAGGAAGGUGCCCAAGACGAGGCCGGCAGGAAGGAGGCCAGCAGGAAGGAGGCUGGCAGGAGCUCUGGACAGCAGGAGCCUGUCCCCGCCGCCGCCAGCCCUUCGCCCACUGGGCGGCAGAAGAGUGUCCUGGAGCUGCAGACGGGGCCAGCAGGCGCCCAGCCCUACGAAGCCACCAGCACGGUGACCGAGCAGUUCGAGGAGGUGGACCAGUUUGGGAAUACAAUCCUAGCGUCCUCCACCACCACGGUCACCAGGCAGGCCGAGCCGCCCAGGGGUGCAUGUCCCUGCCCGGGCCUCCACUCCUCCCCGCUGCUACGAAGGUUCCUGCACAGCUCUGCAGGGCUCAGCAGUGGCCUGACAGAUCCCGGGACACUGUACAUGCCAACCGCCCAGUGA